UAAACACAUAUAUCUACGUUUGUAAUUAAGCCCACUUCUUUCCUGCACUACAUCAUGGCUGAUCUGGCAACAGCACCACCCAUCUAUACUCUCGAAGAAAAAGAGUACCCGUCACCAUAUUACCCAAUUCGCACGGAUUAUAAGAGCUUUCAUAGUCACCGUACACCAAUUGUCAUUGAUAAUGGAUCCUAUCAAUGUCGAGCCGGUUGGGCCUCUGAAGACAAGCCCUCGUUGAUAUUUGAUAAUGUCGUGUCAAAAUACAAGGAUCGCAAGACCAAUAAGACCAUGAUAGCCGUGGGAAUGGACACCUAUGCUGAUCCAGCAGGGCGCUCAAAUGCCCGCUCACCAUUCGAUUCUAAUGUUGUUUCUGAUUUGGACCGCAUGGAAACCAUCUUGGACUAUAUCUUUAUUACGCUUGGAAUCAAAGAUUCUCGUAUAGACCACUCUAUUGUUAUAACAGAGCCUGUCUGUAACCCACAACAUAGCCGCAGACAAAUGUCUGAGCUUUUGUUCGAAUCUUAUGGUAUCCCGUCCGUCACAUAUGGCAUUGACUCUCUCUUUAGCUAUCACGCCAACGGAGGUAGUCAAGAUGAAGGUGGAAUAGUUAUCUCGGCUGGCCAUACUGCAACACAUGUAAUUCCAACACUCCAUGGCAAAGGAUUAUUAGAGCGCACCAAGCGUAUUUCAUAUGGUGGUACUCAAUCAACCGACUAUAUGCUGAAACUUAUGCAGCUAAAAUACCCCACAUUUCCAACCAAGAUGACAAGUAGUCAGGCACAAGAAUUAGUCCAAGAACAAUGCUAUGUUGCAAAGGACUACCAACAGACAUUAAGAGAGAUUGAAGAUCGGUCUACUUUUGCCAAAAUCGAUCGCAUUGUUCAGUUUCCAUUUACAGCGCCGGUCGUUGAAGAGAAAACGGAAGAAGAACUGGCAAGACAGGCUGCGAAAAAAGAAGAAAAUGCAAAGAGACUCCGAGAGGCAGCAGCAAGAUCAAGAUUGGAGAAGACACAACUCAAAGAGUCCGGCUUUAAAGAUGAAGCAGAUCUUGAUGAGACCAUUAAACAGGUCGAUAUUCAAAUUCAGCGUGCACGCAACAAAGAGUUGGGUAUUGACGAUAAUGAAGAAAAGGACCCUCCUCCAACUACUCUGAUCGACAUCCCAGACGAAGAGCUUUCGGAGGCAGAUAAAAAGGAAAAACGAAAACAGAGAUUAUUAAAAGCUAGUUAUGAUGCCAGAAAGCGUGCUAAAAAAGCAAAGGAAGAAGCCAAAGCACAAGAAGAAGAGCAAGCACGACUUGAAGAAGAAGAACGUAGACGCAAUCCCGGGAACUGGAUCAAGGGUGUCAAGGAUAAGAGAGAGAAAGUAAUUGAUAGAAUCAAAAAGAGAAAACGUCUGGCAAUGGAGCUGGCUGACAGAAGAAGUCGAGCAUCCCAAAUGCGUAUGCGCUCAAUUGCUAAUCUGGCAAGCGAUAGCCCUUCACCUAAGCGGCGUCGAAAAGGACAGGAAGAGGACACAUUUGGUGCUGAUGAUGAUGAUUGGAUGAUCUAUCGUGAAAUUAAUCGGGAGGAUGAAUCAGACGACGAAGAAGAAGACCUAUCGUUAUUAAACCAGUACGAAUCAAUGUUACUGGAAUUUGACCCAGAUUUCAAGCCUGAAGACUCUUAUGAAGCACGCUCGUCUGCUACUAACACACUCAUGCAUCUUCUUGCACGCGGUGUCUACCCACCUUUUGAUCCUGCAGAUGUUGGUCAAUCACAUCAACUUCAUGUCAAUAUCGAACGAGUCAGAGUUCCAGAAGUUCUCUUUCAACCAAGCAUAAUUGGCCUUGAUCAGGCCGGUCUUGUAGAGACAGUUAAUGAUGUUGUAAAGACAUUUGAUUCUGAACAAAAGGCCAAAGUGAUGAAGCACAUAUUCCUUACCGGUGGUUUCAGCCGUUUACCUGGAAUAUCAGAACGUAUUGAAGGAUCAAUGCAGUCUAUUUUUCCGGCAAAUACUGCUAUUCAAGUGAAGCGUGCUAAGGAUCCUCUUUUGGAUGCCUGGAAAGGUGCUGCCAUGGUUGCCCUGGAUGAAAAAUUCAAGAACAUAAGAGUCAGCAAAAAGGAGUAUGAGGAGUACGGUGGUGAAUACAUCAAAGAACAUGGAUUGGGAAACAUUUUUAGAUCUUAAUCACACACACGCACACACAUCCUUCUUUUAAACAUAAGAUUAAAUACUUUUAUUUUUUUAUUUUUUUUUUACAAAAAGC